AUGUCAAGCAAGAAGAAACACAAACGAAAACACAGCGACAGCGAUGAAGACGACGACGUUUUCUACUACCGCUACUGCGCUUCGUCCUCAACCCCCAACACCACCACCGGAACCACAUUCAAUUAUUCCCUAACAAACUCCGAUCUCCAUACGCUCUUCUCUACUUUCGGCCGCAUCGCGCGUGUAACCGUUCUCAAAGACCGUCACACGCGCCUAAGCCGCGGUGUCGCGUUUGUCCAAUUCGUUUCUCGUAAUGACGCCCAACGCGCCGUGGCGGAGAUGAAUAAGAAGAUUCCCAAUGGGAGGACUCUAACUGCUUCUAUUGCUGCUGAUAAUGGACGUGCUCCGGAGUUUAUUCGGAAGAGCGUGUACAAUACUGAGACUGCUUUGUGUUAUGAGUGUGAGGGGCAUGGUCAUUUGUCGUAUGAGUGUCCUAAGAAUCAGUUGGGGCCGAGGCCGCGGCCUCAGCCUAAGAAGCCGCGACGGGGAUUUAGUGGGCUGAGGGAUAGGGAUGGGGAGGAGGAAGGUGAUGAGGAGGAGGAGGAGGGUGGUCAGAUUGCUGCGUAG